AUGGAAGUAAAACAAGAAAUUAGCGAGGAAACGUGUAACUUAGAAAGAAUAGGGUAUAAUGAAUUUUAUAAUGGUCUUUUGGAUGGCUUUAAAUAUGAAAUUCAGGAGGAAUCCAAUAGGCAUACUACACAUGACACAUAUAAUUAUUUAGACUUUAAGACAUGUCCCAUAAAUAUUGAAAUAAAACAACAUGGGAAUAACAUUAACUCUUUUGAAUGCCAAAAAACUGAAAAAGGUUAG